UUGCGUUUUGGCGCGACGGGAAGAGCGAGCUUCACUUCCUGACGGUCGGAGCUGCUGCUGCAGCGACGGAAGGGAACGGGAAGCCAUGAAGUGCCGAUCCGUGGCGUGCGUAUGGUCCGGAACGCCGCCUUCUCUCCACCGUGUCGCCGCCGCCGCCGUGCUGGCUCAUCCGCCCACGCUGUACACAGGCGGCGCCGAUGGCUCCAUCUUCUGGUGGAACAUCUCCGGCACGGACUCCCAGCCGGAGCUCAAACCGAUCGCCAUGUUGUGCGGCCAUGCUGCACCGAUAGCUGAUCUUGCGAUUUGCAAUCCCACUGCAGUGCCAGGAGAUGUGAACACUGAUCAUUCAAUUAAUUCUGUUGCAGAUUCUACGGCGGAUGGUUGUGGUGCUCUAGUAAGUGCCUGUACUGACGGUGUGUUGUGUGUGUGGAGCAGAGGCAGUGGGCACUGUCGUCGGCGGAGGAAGUUGGCCCCUUGGGCGGGAAGUCCAUCUGUUAUUCAAACAUUGCCCUUGAAUCCUAGAUAUGUGUGUGUCGGCUGUUCUUUCUCUGCUAGUCUCAAUUUAGCAGAACAUGGGUCUGUGGAUUAUGCUGACGAGCUGUUAGUGGAUAGAGAUUCUCAUCACAAGAGGCCUCCUAAGUGCACCAUAGUUAUCGUGGAUACAUACACUCUUGCCAUUACACAAACAGUUUUUCAUGGUAAUUUGGCAAUUGGGUUGCCAAUAUUCAUGACUGCUUUCUCAUCUUUGGAGGAUAGAGAAAAGCAGUCAGUGAUUUUGGCUGAUUCUCACGGUAUGCUGCAGUCAAUUCCAAUAUCGAGGCACCCUCAAUCAGCUGGAGAGGAUGACAGCGGAAUACACAAAAAUGAUUCUCAGCCCAAAAUAACCGUGUUGGCAGAAGGGUUUAGUGAGAUCCCAGUUUUGUCUUGUGCUGCCCAAGGAGAUCUAAUUGUUUUUCUGUCACAUGAUCACUGCAUAUUUCAGCUAGUAGAUACUGGUGCCGUUAUCGGGGAUCUGUAUUUUGCCAAUGAUUUUUCUUCUCACGGUGCAACUGAUAAAUUGCCUGUGAUUGGAAGCACUUUUCUUGGAGGCAGUUAUAAGGGGACUCUGUUGAAUGAAGUGGACACAGACAAAGCAUUGGCAGCAAAUUUCAUUCUAUGGAAUAGAAAAGGCUUUUCAAUCAUGUAUCACAUUUCGUAUUUGAACAAAGUGUUCCAGUGCAAGCCUUUUUGUUCAAUCCCUGCUGCUUCUCAUCCAGAUGAUGUGAAUGUGAGGUUUCAAUACAUUCAAUUGAGCCAUAAUCUUCUUCGUGUUGAAUCAUAUUGCUUUCAUUUCAAAGAACCUUUCCAAUGGAAAUCCUGCAUCACAAUGUGGUCAGUGCCAAGGAAAGAUGCUAAUAGUGAUAAGUCAUUUCAUCAAUGCAAAAUGCUAGGAAGGGGUCCCUCUUCCGUUGAAUGGAUUCCAUUUAUCGAUUCUAGUUGGCAGCAUGAAGCAGAGUACCAGAAUGGAAUAGCCUGUGAAUUAGGUUCUUCUCAGGGUGACAUCUUUAUUAUAAAGGAUACAAACAAAAUUCACUCUGAAGGCAGAAAUUGUGAUAUUGCAGACACUCGAGGGAUAGUAUCUUCGUCUAUGGUCAUUUCUGAAGAUUUAUAUGCUCCAUAUGCUGUUGCUUAUGGUUAUCUGAACGGUGAAAUAGAGGUUGUUAGGUUUGAUGUGGUUCAUGUACUGGAUUCUUAUAGUGGAAAUGGAGUUAAUUCUGAUGUGAUCAAGCAACCUUUCUGUGGGCACACAAGUGCGGUUAUUUGUUUAGCAUCACACCGAAUGUUGGGUUCAGCAAAAGGAUGGAAUUUCCGUCAUGUUCUAAUAUCUGGAAGCAUGGACUGCACUAUUAGAAUAUGGGAUCUUGAUGCUGGCACUUCCAUUGCAGUAAUGCACCAGCAUGUGGCUCCUGUCCGCCAAAUUAUUCUCCCUCCGAUUGGAACAGAUCGUCCAUGGAGUGAUUGUUUCCUCUCUGUUGGGGAUGAUGGCUGCAUAGCUCUUGCAUCUCUUCAAACAUUGAGGGUCGAGAGAAUGUUUCCUGGACAUCCUAGUAACCCUACAAGAGUCGUGUGGGAUGGAAUAAGAGGUUAUCUUGCAUGUUUAUGUCGAAGCUAUGCAGGUGCUUCUGAUGCCAAUGAUGUUUUAUGCAUAUGGGACAUUAAAACAGGGUCUCGAGAGCGAGUUCUACGUGGUACAGCUUCUCAUUCCAUGUAUGAACAUUUCUGUAAGGAGGUUAGCAAGGAUUCUGUAGCCGAUUUUGCAUGUAAAAAUACUUCAGCAUCGUCGUUACUCAUUCCUAUUAGUGAAGAUGUAGGUUAUUCUAGAUCUCAUUUGAAAAACUUGGAGAAGAGUAGAACGUCAGUUAAUGGGGUGGCAAGUUUUACAAAGAUGAUUGAGUCUGAUGAUUCUAAAGCCCUUGGCAUGAAUGAGAUCUUAAUUAGGUUAUCUGAACCCACUCCAUUCCUUGAGAACAUCAAGCACUCCAUUAAGUGCUCUUGUCCGUUCCCUGGAGUUGCAGCACUCAGUUUUGAUCUCGCAUCAUUGAUGCUUCCUUUUCAAAGAGAUGGCCACUGUGGAAGUUCUGGUGGAAAGGAAGGAGAAAUCCAUCAGGGUACUGAGAUUGGAGAUAAGGAUUCUGGUCCAGACAUGAAUGAAACAGUUAAUGAUAGCACUGCUGAAUCUGACUUGAUUAGGUCUUUUGAAGAAAACAUAAUACGCUUUAGCUUGUCAUUUUUGCACUCUUGGGAUGUUGAUACUGAACUUGAUCAGUUGCUUAAAACUGACAUGAAGCUGAAGAAACCAGAGAAUUUCAUUGUAUCAUCUGGCUUGGUUGGUGACAAAGGGGCUUUGACGCUGACUUUUCCGGGUAUAAAUGCAGUUCUUGAGCUCUGGAAGUUGUCAUCGGAAUUUUGUGCACUGAGAUCAUUGACUAUGGUAUCCCUUGCACAGCGAAUGGUUAGCUUGUGGCAUUCCUGUUCAGCAGCUAGCAGCGCCUUGGCCGCAUUCUAUACUCGAAAUUUUGUGGAGAAAGUUCCAGAUAUAAAGCCACCUUCCCUCCAGCUUCUGGUGAGUUUCUGGCAAGAUGAUAUUGAACAUGUACGGAUGGCCGCAAGGUCAUUAUUCCAUUGUGCUGCUUCACGGGCAAUACCAAAGCCACUGUGCAGCGAAAAAACUUCUGAACAUGUCAAGUUUAUGAGUUCUCUCAAUGCAACUGAAGAAAACAGAUUGAACAGUACAAAGGAAGAGGGAAUGUCAGAAACUCAGGAGAUCUUGCAGUUUGAAGAUUCCACUAUAGUUGCUUGGCUUGAAUCAUAUGAACUGCAGGACUGGAUUUCAUGUGUAGGGGGGACAGGACAAGAUGCAAUGACUUCCCAUAUUAUUGUUGCAGCAGCAUUGGCCAUUUGGUACCCUAGCCUUGUAAAACCAACCCUUGCCCAACUAGUUGUCCAUCAUUUAGUGAAGUUGGUAAUGGCCAUGAACGGAAAAUAUAGCUGCACUGCUGCAGAGCUCUUGGCUGAGGGCAUGGAUGAGACAUGGAAGACUUGCAUUGAAUCUGAGAUACCCCAGUUGAUCGGUGAUAUCUUUUUCCAGAUAGAGUGUGUAAGUGGUACCUCAGCAAGUCCAGCUGUACCUAAUACUAUCAUCCGAGAGACUUUAAUCGGGAUCCUUCUUCCAAGUUUGGUAAUGGCAGACAUUCAUGGGUUUUUGACAGCUAUAGAAAGCCAGAUAUGGUCUACUGCAUCUGAUUCACCUGUUCACUUAGUAGCCCUUACAACUCUCAUCAGGGUUUUGCGUGGGGCUCCUAAGAACAUGGCUCAAUAUCUUGAUAAGGUGAUUAACUUUAUUUUGCAAACAAUGGACCCUAGCAACUUGGUCAUGCGCAAAACUUGCCUUCAAAGUUCUAUGACAACAUUGAAGGAAGUAGUGCGUGUUUUUCCCAUGGUAGCUUUGAAUGAUACGUCAACUCGAUUAGCUGUGGGAGAUGCAAUAGGAGAUGUUAAGAAUGCAAGCAUCCGGGUGUAUGAUAUGCAAAGUGUUGCGAAGAUUAAGGUUCUCGAUGCAAGUGCACCUCUAGCACUGCCAAGUUUGCUUGGAGGACAGUCUGGAUUGGCACUGACUACUGUGAUUUCUGCCUUGAGUUUUUCUCCUGAUGGGGAGGGCUUAGUUGCAUUCUCCGAGCAUGGAUUAAUGAUCAGGUGGUGGUCAUUAGGAUCUGCAUGGUGGGAGAGACUCAGUCGGAACUAUGUUCCUGUGCAAUGCACUAAAUUGAUUUUUGUCCCUCCUUGGGAGGGAUUCUCGCCCAAAACUGCGCGGACAAGUGUAAUAGCAAGCAUAAUGGGAUCCGAUGGACCAACCAGUCUGAAGGAACACUUGAAGAGCGAGAUGGAAAAUUUGAAGUAUUUGAUUCAGAACCUUGACCUCUCAUAUCGACUUGAAUGGGUUGGCAAUAGGAAAGUACUCCUUACCAGACAUGGCCUUGAGUUGGGAACCUUCCAGUUGUGAAAUUUCUGUAUUAUGCAAAUCUUAACAGUUGAUCUUCAUAUUUUAUUUGAGAAUCGCAGUUUGAUAACCGCAGCAAACGACCUUCCUGGGCGAAGGAUUACCGUUCUGGACCAUCCAGAUACGAUGAUGUAGAUAAGCAUUAUAUGUCACUUGUCAUUUAUUUAUUUAUUUAUUCUUUUUGCUUGUAAAAUAGAGCUAAGAUACGAGUACGGUGUAUAAUUGCUAAUCAGUUUUGAUAUAACAGUAGCAGUCUGUAUGUGUAUUUCAUUCCGAACGAGGUAUUUCAUGCGUGUUUCUCACUUGUGCUUGUGGAGAGCUCCCAGGUUGUAUCAAAUUUUGCCACAGCUUAUUACAAUGAAUAGACUACUUCUUCUCUA